AUGGCGGACCCGUUUGCGUCUUUGUUGACGUCUUUUAAGGAGAGUAGUAAGAAACCGGCUGCGAAAAGCGAGUCUCCGGAGCCUGUCACGGUGAAGGGUGGGGGUGAGCCGGCGACUGCGAGUACACAUGCGGUGUUUAUGGAACCACUGAUACCGUCUGGGGGUGGUCAGGGCAGUUUCCAGCAAAAACCUGCUGGUUCUGACGACAAAUUUGACGAUGUGUUCGAUUUGUUCAAUUCGGAACCUGCUGCGGAGGUUAAAGAACCUGAUCGUGUGCCCUCCGAUGAAAGCGUUCAUGAAAAUGUGGCUGUUGUUGAUGAGGUUCGAGAUAUGGAGGUGGCCAAGAUUAUGUCGCUGGGGUUUGGUAUUGAUAAAGCUGUGGAAUUCUACGAUUCAGGUGUUUUGUAUGACGAGUUGGUGGAAAGGCGUGAUAGACGGCACAUUCGGCAUACUCACACUAGACACAGUGUCAGGGAGGUCACGGAGGUACCAAAACACACUGGGAACUCGUUUUUCUCAGCCGCUGUUGGGCUGCUCAAUAAGGGCAAAGAUUUCGUGGACCAUUUGACUGCGUACCCUGAUGAGGAAGGGGAUCGACUGGCCAGGUACAGGCAGGAACAUGCAGACGCGGCACAUUUUGGUGAUUUUACACCAGGUGAACGAGAACAGGAUCUCCUGAUAGACGAUUUCGAAUCGAAAGUGAGUAUCACGGACAAACACAAUCCACCAUUGGCACAGACCCCAGAUGAGACAUUGCUCGAUUUUGGCGAGGAUGACAGUUCCAAGUCCGGGUCCCGCACGCACGUGAACAACUCUCCCUCGAUAGAGUUACCCAUUGUCCCUAUUUCUACCAUGGAACUGUCUGGGUACAACGAGUUCAGGGCAAAGGGUACCGAGUUGUUCAAGAAGGGUGACUAUUCAGCAGCGGUGCUGGAGUACGAGAAGUCACUCAACACUCUCCCUGAGAAACACCCUCUCCGGAUCAUCGCCAUGUCCAACAUGAUGCUCCCGUACUUGAAGAUAGGUGAGUACACGAAGUGUUUGAAACUAGCGCCCCUCGCGCUAGAGUUGAUACCAGAGGACCGGAGUACCUGGCGCAGUGUCAUACAGCAAAGUGAACCGAAGAGAACGUACAGGGACAUCUGGUCAAAAUUAGUGAUGAGACUAGCAGAGGCGCAGGAACAUGCCGAAAACUACACUGGUGCAUUCGAUAACUAUCAAUUGCUCGUGGCCAACGGUAUCACCAACGAAAAGGUUAUGGACGGGAAGAGGAGGUGCCAGAAGGUUUUGAACCCGCCGAGCAAAGUGGAACGGAAGGGAACACCGACGCCGACGCCGCAAGUGGUGACACCGGCAAGGACCCCGGACCCAGCAACCUCGAAGACCGUCUACGAGAAUGCGGAACGCGUAAAGAGAGCAAACGCCAAGUCCGAACAAGAGGAGGCCGCCAAAAUGGAAUUCUACGACGUCGUCGAAACCAAAGUAAACAACUGGAAGGGUGACAAAGAGGGCGACAUCCGGUAUUUGCUCUCGCAUCUCACAGAGAUCGUCACCUGGGUCGAAUGGAACUCAGUCUCCCAGGCGGACCUGGUGAUGCCCAAGAGAGUCAAGAUCACGUACUUGAAGGCCAUCGCCAAGAUCCACCCGGACAAGAUCCCUGCUGACCUGCCAUUGGAGUACAGGAUGAUAGCAGAUACCGUGUUCAGCGUGUUGAACAACGCGUGGGAGAAGUUCAAACUGGACAACAACAUAAACUGA